AAAAUUGCCAAGUUGGCAGCACUGCCUCUGUUCCUUUGUGUUACAAAAUUUGUCAAUUUAUAAAUACGCAAUAUAAUAUAAUUAAAAACGGUACCGUCGAUAGUCGCAGUGACUUCGAAGAAGUGCGUCCAGAUAGAAAGUUUUACUGCUAACAGCUGAAAUCAGGAGUUUGUGCGCCUGGCGUGGCCGUUUCUGUUCUCUGCCCCGAAAACUGGAGCCAACAAUGGACAACGAGUCGUGGGCCUGUGCGUCGGUGGAGAAGGACCUCACCAGAGUGGUCACCAAACUGGAGCAGUUGCAUGAGAAUGCCUCUGCUGAUAUCGGGGACAUCGCAUCGUUGAUGUCGGAGCUGGUCAAAGUGCUGGGGAAAGCUGAGCAAAUGGUGACUACGUUCAAUUCUAGCACUCAGGUGAGCGCAACACCUGCCAGCGGCGAUGAUCCCAUGGGUGAUGGUGUGAGCAUGCAGGUGGAAACGGAGCCAACGGCUCCCCAGCGCCUAACCGACCGCCAGAUGGGCAUUAUUCGAGAGGCUAUUUUGAAAUGCAACGAACGCGUUCAGAAGCUCUCCACGGAGCAUCGCGACCUGCACGGCUCCAUUUCCAAGAUAGGCAAAGCCAUAGACCGCAACUUCAGCGCCGACUUCACUUCCACCAUGCGCGUGGACGUUCUCCAGGACGAGGAUAACCUAAUGUUGUUAAACAAGGCCAUUGCUAAGCACUACUGCCGUCAGGGCAUGGACGAUGUGGCUCGCACCCUGAUCAGGGAAUGCAAGAUGCCGGAGGAGCACGCCCAGGAUGUGUUCGACUCGGAACGUGAGUUCGCCGACAUAUACGGCAUUUGGGUCAAGAUACAGAAACGUGACCUUACCGACGCCCUCAAGUGGGCCAAGACCUACUCGCAGCAGCUUUCGGAUAGGCACUCGCUGAUAGAGUUCCGCUUGCACCGUAUGCGUUUCAUGCAGCUGGUCUCCUACGGCCUGGAAUCGCAACGCGAGGCCAUCGCAUACGCCCGGCUGAACUUUAAGAAGUUCGCAGUACGUUAUGAGCACGAGAUAGCUAAUUUGAUGGCCAGUUUUAUAUACCUGCCAAGUGGAUUGGAGAACUCGCCGUACAAGCUCUUUCUUGGACAGGAGAUGUGGACUGAGCUCUCGUUCAUAUUUCUGAAGGACGCCUGUCAGCUGCUGGGCAUCAGCAAGAACUCUGCCCUGUCUGUCGUGGUGAACGCCGGGUGCACUGCCCUGCCCGCCUUGCUGAACAUUAAGCAGGUGAUGCAGUCACGCCAGGUGCUGGGAAUGUGGAACGGCUGCGACGAGCUACCAAUCGAAAUAGAUCUGCAGCCAGAGUUCCGUUUCCAUUCGAUAUUUGCCUGUCCCAUCCUGCGCCAGCAGACUUCAGAGGACAACCCGCCAAAGAAGCUGACCUGCGGCCAUGUCAUUUCCAACGACGCCCUCCACAAACUUAGCAACGGUCACAUACUGAAGUGCCCCUACUGCCCCGUGGAGCAGAACGCCGAGGAGGCAGUUCGCAUCUACUUUUAAGCCACAUUUCAUUAGCCACUAUAAGUUUAUACACCCAUUGUGUGUUGGCCUUUCGGUUCAGUUCGAGGAAAGGUAGAAAAUUGGGAUCGGGGAUCCCUGGGGAUGGUCGGCGCUUUCCUUAACAAUCGUAACCAUUUAUAUAUAGCUUGCUUAGAUUCAUGUUUUUAGACAAAUUCGCAGAGCGGAAUCGAACUUCCUGGCCGUGUGUUGUGCGUGUCUCCCACAUCCUAACAAUUACUUAGACUUAAAAUAUAUAUAUAUAUACUGUGUAUUUAAA